AUCGUCAUGCCUGGGAAUGUGGGGGUGUUGUUUGCCGUUUAACGUCAAUCCUUGCCUGUUAUCACACGGGUGGACCUCAAGAAUAAAACCUACUAAUUGGAGAUUUAUUAGGGAAUAUGGACCUCUGCAUUUCGGGUAUGCAACUUGAAGGAAGCGCUAAAGAUGAGCUUUAAUUGUGCGUGGAUACUUUUCUUUUUCGUACAAUCUGUGCUAUGUUCAUUUGAUCCACGGUCUUUACAAAACGCUGGAUGUUUUAGAAUGGGUCACACAAGGACAGUUCAAAUUCCGGGUUGCCUGCAGUUUAAUGUUACAACAAAUGCCUGCCGAGGCUUUUGCGAGUCCUAUGCUAUUCCAUCAUCUCAAAGAACACUAUUAGCCAAUGAACGCCAUUUUUUGACAUCUCGAGCGGAAUGCUGUGGAAUAGAAGAGACACAUGACAUUACGGUGUCCGUGAGAUGCGCAGAUGGGUUGCGUGAAGUGACUUUCAAGUCCGCCAAAUCAUGUGCCUGCUCCGCCUGCCGUUAUGUUUAAUGAACCGAUUCCGUCAAGAACACGAACAACGAGCGAGAAUUGUGUCUUGUAAUGUCUCCAGAUAUACUUUUGGGUGUAUUAAAUAUAUGUGGUAUACAAAUACUUUUGAAUACCUUGGUUUUUGUUUAAAUUUUAUGUGAAAAUUUUCUCCAUCAUGAUUUAGCUGAAAACUGUAUUAGACGAAUGCAUCAUUUGGCCUGUGCAUGAACUUGUGUUUGUCUUUCCAUUUAUCAUUUUUUUCCUAGGGUUAUUACCGCAAUAAAAUAGAACAUUGUUGUCGGAUCUUGCAAAUAACUACUCUUGAUCAAUUUAUGUUAAGAGAAGAUAUUGCUUUGUCAUAAGAGACUUUAUAUGAAGUGUAUGUAUGUAUGCUAAUUUGUACGCUGUAUCUAGUGGAGCACCAUGCAACACCAAAACUCUUUUUACCAAAUAAUA